CAAGGACAAUUUUGCUGUCUAGGGUCUGGAUUAAUUGGUAGGACUAUAUACAAAGAACCAUAACAAGCACAAUACUCGAAUUUAUUUAUUCACUAUCCUGUCCAAUAUAAAACUAACGGAUAUAAAUAAACCAAUGAGGUAUCUAUUUCACCAAAAUAAUCAUUCAAAUACUGACAAAGACCAAAUGCCAGAAAGAUGCUUUGAGAAAUCCCACUUUCCAUUCCAUAUAGACCCCCUCCAUCUUUGCGAGAGCUAAACUAUAUCUUUCAAACACUCAAAGUAGAAGGAAAUGGCUCUAUUUUAUGAAACUCUUCGAAGCUCAGUUGGUAUAGAAGGGUUCUACCCUAAUAUCUCUACGGCGUCGACAAUCUUCACAGUGCUAGCCAUGGUAGCAGGUGUAUUGGGCUAUCUAUAUAGGCCCUAUUGGGGGGUAAGAAGGGUGCCUGGUCCACCAGCUGUCCCACUGGUAGGACACCUGCCCUUGAUGGCAAAGUACGGCCCUGAUGUGUUUUCAGUCCUUGCCAAACAAUAUGGUCCUAUUUUCAGGUUUCAUAUGGGUAGACAACCCUUGAUAAUCGUAGCAGACCCAGAGCUUUGUAAAGAAGUUGGAAUAAAGAAGUUUAAAGACAUCCCAAAUAGAAGCAUUCCCUCACCUAUCGCAGCCUCCCCACUUCAUCAAAAGGGUCUCUUUUUCACAAGGGAUUCUAGAUGGUCGACUAUGAGAAACGCAAUAUUAUCUGUCUACCAACCAUCCCACUUAGCAAGCCUAGUUCCAACCAUGCAAGCUUAUAUUGAAUCUGCCACUGAAAAUCUUCAUUCAUCUAAAGAAGACAUCACUUUUUCUAACCUCUCACUCAGACUGGCCACUGAUGUUAUUGGACAAGCUGCUUUUGGGGUUAACUUUGGCCUAUCCAAAUCACAAUCAAUCAGUGAAUCAAUUAGGACUACGGAUAACCAAUGCAGUCAAAAUGAUGAAGUCUCUGACUUCAUCAAUCAACACAUCUACUCCACAACGCAACUUAAGAUGGACUUAUCUGGUUCUCUUUCAAUUAUAAUAGGUCUACUUGUCCCCAUAUUACAGGAGCCUUUUAGGCAGAUUUUGAAAAGAAUACCAGGAACUAUGGACUGGAAAGUUGACAGGACUAACAAGAAGUUGAGUGGUCGGCUUGAUGAGAUUGUAUCAAACAGAAUGAAAGAGAAUAACCGAGGUUCAAAGGACUUCUUGUCUCAAAUAUUGAGUGCAAGGGAAUCAGAGAAUGUGGCUAAGAAUGUUUUUACUCCGGACUACAUUAGUGCUGUUACUUACGAGCACCUUCUUGCUGGCUCAGCAACAACAGCCUUUACAUUGUCAUCAAUUGUAUAUUUAGUUGCUGGACAUCCAGAGGUGGAGAAAAAACUGCUGGCAGAGAUUGAUGGGUUUGGGCCGCAUGGCCUGGUGCCAACUGCUUAUGAUCUCCAACAUAAAUUUCCGUAUCUUGAUCAGGCGAUUAAAGAGGCUAUGAGGUUCUACAUAGUUUCUCCAUUAGUUGCGAGAGAAACAUCAAAAGAAGUGGAGAUAGGAGGUUACCUUCUGCCUAAGGGAACGUGGGUCUGGUUAGCACUUGGAGUCCUAGCAAAAGAUCCAAAGAACUUCCCGGAGCCAGAUAAAUUUAAGCCGGAAAGGUUUGACCCAAACUGUGAAGAAGAGGAACGAAGGCAUCCUUAUGCUCUCAUACCCUUUGGAAUUGGGCCUCGGGCAUGCGUUGGCCAAAAGUUCUCCUUACAAGAAAUCAAACUCUCCUUGAUACAACUGUAUCGGAAAUAUACAUUUCGACAUUCUUCCAACAUGGAAAAACCUUUGGAGCUUGAAUUUGGCAUAGUUCUCAACUUCAAACGUGGUGUAAAGCUCAGAGUCACAAAAAGAACAUGAUUAAUGUAUCUGG